UGAGAAAUAAGAUGACUAUUUCAACGUUUGUUUUUUCUUCUUGCAGAUAUUUCCCUUUCCUGGCAAAGCAGAAACCUGGGCACCCGGAAUGUGAUAUCCUGACCAAUGUUUUUGCGAUUCUCUCAGCAAAGAAUCUGUCUGACACCACAGCCAGUACUGUGAUGGACAUAGCUGAUGACCUUCUUUCCCUUCCAGAUUUCGAGCCCACAGAAACAGUUCUGAGCUUGCCCGUAACUGGAUGCGUAUACCCAGAAAGCACAGAUGAGUCUAUCACAAUAGGAGGACGAUUAAUUCUACCUCAUGUACCUGCAAUUCUGCAGUAUCUCAGCAAAACCACAAUAAGUACCGAAAAGGUGAAGAAGAAAAAGAACAGGGCACAAGUCAGCAAGGAACUUGGCCUUCUUUCAAAGAUCAGCAAGUUUAUGAAAGACAAAGAACAAAGUUCUCUGCUCAUUACUCUCCUCCUCCCUUUCCUCCACCGUGGCAAUAUCGCUGAGGUAUAAAUGGACAGGACGUUACUUUGUCUUUGAAGUAGCACAUUAUUAGGCUUAUUGGGGAACAAUAAUUUUAUUGGUUAGAUUCUGUGAUGUACUUGUCUCAAAAUAUUUGGGGAAAGACUAUACAGAAAUAU